AUGCUGACCGAUACCACUUUUUAAUUUAAAAAAAGUAUUUUUGUUACUUCAGCAUUUACUCCCCUUCACCUCCUUCCCUACUCUAAAACGGCGUUAUGCUAACCUAAUCUUAAGAAAAAGCAACAAGUUUUAUAUGAUAAAUUGGAUCUCCUCCAAGCUCAAAGUUGAUGAAACUCUCUUUCAACAGGUCUAAGGUUGCUACAUGCAUUGAGUUUUCAAGUUUUGAAUAUUUGAUUUGAGUUGCUUGAUGGAGAAGUUAACUGAUUUAGAACUCAUUGAGCUGAACAAAGCCAAUCUACGACGAACUAUGGACGAGAUUCAAGAACGCGCUUCUUCCAUUCUUUUACUUAAUAUUCAAUGGAAAGAUAUGGAGAAAGUUGUGGAUUCCGCUCAGAGUUCUAUCGAAGAACGACUCAAGGAAGUGAUUUCGAAAGAAGAAGAAAUGGAGGAACGUGCUAAGAAACUCGAAAAGGAGAUUGAAAGAAGGGAGAAUUCGGUUAAAGACCAGUUUGAAGCGCUUAAGGUUAAAGAGGAGGAAUUAGGGAGGCAAUUUAGGGAUUUGGAGUUGGGAAAGAAGUAUUGCGAAGAAAGGUUAAGAGAAGUCGAGUUAGAGCAGAAGGAACUUGAAGAGAAACAGGGGGAGUUUGUGUUAAAGGAGAAGGCUUUUGACAAGUGUUGUAGGGAUUUUGAGUUAGAGAAGAAGGAUCUUGAACGAUGUCGUAAAGAUCUCCAAUUUAGUGUAGAACAAUGUGAGCAGCAAUGUAAGGAGUUUAAGUUGAUGGAGGAAGUGGUAAAUGAUAAGUUGGGGGAAAUUAGGUUAAAAGAGAAUGAUUUGGAGAAUUGCUUGAGUGAUUAUGUGUUGAGAGAACAACAAUUUGGGUUGAAAGAGAAGAGUUUUGAGAAGCGGUGUAUGGAGUUUGAGUUGGAAGAAAAGGCUUUGGAAGAACGUCGCAGAGAUCUUGAAGUUAGUGUAAAACAAUGUGAGCGGCAAUGUGAAGAGUUUAAGUUGAUGGAGAAAUCAGUAAAAGAUAAGUUGGAGGAAGUUGGGGUGAAAGAGAAAUAUUUGGAGAAGUGCUUGAGCGAGUAUGAGUUGAAAGAAGAACAAAUUGAGUUGAAAGAGAAGAGUUUUGUGAAGCGUUAUAUGGAGUUUGAAAGGGAAGAGAAGGCUUUCAAAGAACGUUGUAGAGAUCUUGAAGUUAAUGUAAAACUGUAUGAGCAGAAAUAUAAGAGGCUUGAAGUGACAGAGAAAUGGGUGCAAAAACAGUUGGAAGAAAUUAAAAGGAAAGAGGAGGAAUUUGAGCUGAGAGAGAGGGAUCUCGGGCAGCGAUGUAGGGUUGUUGAGUUGUCUGAGAAUUGUCUUCAGAAUGGUAUUAAAGAUCUAAAAUUAAAGUCUGAGCAAUGUGAGGAGAGAUUCAGAGAGCUGAAGUUAAUGGAAGAAUCAGUAACAACCCGGUUUGAGGAUCUUGAGGAGAAAGAAGAGAAAUUUAGAUGGAAAUUGGAUCAUUUUGAGCAGCGUUCUACAGAUUAUACAAUGAAGGAGACAUCUCUUGAAAAGGGUCGCCAAGAUCUCGAUGCAAAACAGAAACAUAAUGAAGAGUGUUUGAGAGAAAUCAAAUUGAGAGAGAAGAGAAUAGAAGAAUCAUCUGAGGAACUGGCGAAAAAAUAUAAAUUACAAUUCGAAGAUCUUGAAUGUAAAGUUAAGCAAUAUGAUCAGAGGUUUAUGGAGCUGGAGCUUAAGGAGAAAUUGGUUAAUGAUCAGUUUGAACAGAUUGAGGCCAAAGAGGAACAACUUGGGUUGAAAGAGAGGCAUUUUGAGCAGUGUUCUAAAGAUUUUGAGUUAAAAGAAAAAUGUCACUAUAAAGAGUUUGAGUUGAAAGAAAAAUGCCUUGAGGUACUUUAUCGGGAGCUCAAAGCAAAAGAGAAGCAUUAUGAUGAAUGUUUGAGAAAAGUCGAACUGAGAAAGAAGGAGAUUGAAGAAUUAUCUGCAGAACAUAGGAGAAAGUAUGAGCAACAGUCCAGCGAUCUUGAGUUCAUUGUUAAAAAGUGUGAGCAGCAGUUCAAAGAUCUUCAUUCAAAGGAGAAGAAACUUGCAGAAUGGUCUAAAGAACUUGAAAGGAAGAGUCUUGCUUUUGCCAUGCAUCCUCAAGUGAAAAACGAAGCAGCAGGUAGUUUGUCGAUUAAAUGUUCCAUGGAUCAUUCUUCACCAGCACAUCUUCGGUUUUGCAUACAUAUGGAUGGAAAGGAUUUGCAAAUGUUCCUAAAUGGGCGCUGGAAAGAGCACGGUUCAAUAGGUACUGAAGUUGCUAUGGCGCUUCAACUUUCAGGAGACCCUGCAAAGCUUGUCUUGGAUGCAAUGGAAGGGUUUUACCCUCCACAUUUGAGUAAGGGAGAUAGAGAGUUUGCAGGGGAUGUUGCCAGAAGAAGUUGCAUUCUCUUGUUAGAGCAAUUGAUGAAACUUUCACCUGAAAUUAAGCCUAAUGUUAGAAAAGAAGCUAUGAAGCUUGCCUUUGAUUGGAUAACAAAAAUGAGAGUUGAACCUGGCCAUGAAUUGGAGGUUUUGGGUUUUCUGCGGCUUUUAGCUUCUUUCCAAUUGGCAGAUGCUUUUGAUGCUGAUGAGCUUGUCAACUAUCUGGUGUUUGCUGCUCAACAUAUUCAUGCUCCUGAAUUAUUCAAGGUUCUUGGUUUGGGAGAUAAGAUCAAGGGUUUCAUACGGAAGCUUGUCGAAAAGAAGCAGCAUAUGGAGGCAAUUAGAUUUAUUUAUGCUUUUGAACAGGUUAAUGAGUUCCCACCGGUACCUGUGUUGAAAGAUUUCAUCAAUCAUUCUAAGAUUGAAGCUAAAAGAAUUUUUAGGAAUGGGAAUAAAACACCUGAAGCACGGAAUGAGGCAGACAUCAAAAGAUUGGCUGAUCUGAGGGCUGUUGCCAAAUGCAUUGAAGAUCAUAAGCUUGAAGAUGAGUACCGACCUUAUAACCUUAAGAACCUUAAGGAUUUAAUCAUCUGUCUUGAAAAAGAAAAUAAAAGCAGCAGUCUUACCUCCCCAAAAGCUAACCCUGUCCUUUGCACUGCUCGUGAGAGUGACACCCCAUCACAGCAACAUGGUGGUAUUAAGCGGCCACGAGAGUUCAUGGAAACACAAAUUGUUGGAGAUGCCCCUCUCGGUGCCACAACCACUAAAAUGGAUUCUAAGCAUCUAAAAGGUUUAAAACAAGACGAAAAGGUGCCACCUUGUCCCCUUGGAGAGCAAAUGGAGGAACCAAAUUGUAAACCAUUGCAACGGCAAGAUAGCGAGAAAAAACACAACGCCACCACCGGUGCCCCUGCUGUUCCUUCCCUAGUUCUCCCAGCCGCUUCCUCAACAGCUCCUGCUACUAUUUCUGCACCCAAACAACAGGAGAAUGAACUUAAGUGUCCUGGAACAGCUUUAUCUCAAACGCAUUCAAACCCUAACCCUUAUCCUGUUACAGAUUAUUAUUCUUGGGAAGCUCUUGCAAGACAUGGUGAUGAAGUUGGUAGUUAGCUUAGUGAAUGCGGUAGACCAAGCUGACCAAUGCCUUUUAGUGGCUCUAAUUAUCGACCCUUGGCUCAAUUUGUCUAUAUAGUGAACUAACCGAAACAAAAGAUACUUGAAUGGUGUUGCUUUUCAAUUUAAUAUAUGGUAAUAUAUUGUAGAUACUAAAAUUGUAGUUAUUUCCCUUGUAAAAGUUGCAAGUUCUGUAGUUUGUUAUAUUUAAUAUGACCCUCACAGUUUUUACUCUAA